UGGAGUGGAGUGGAGUGGAGUGGAGUGGAUGAUGCAGCCUGUAAUGCAAUUACAUAUGGAAGAGCUGAAAGCAAAUGCACUCGGAGUGGAAUGUACCAGAUUGCGGAUGCACGGAAAUCUUUUCAUUAAGUAAUUCAGCGUGGACGGAUUUAAGUCGUCGUUGAUGUUUUUUCCACCAACAUGACCCACGUACACGCCUAGAGAUGUUUUUCCUGUAACAGAACAGUUCCAGUGUGGUGGUCGGAAGGGAAUUGUGAAUAGUGAAACUCCGCCAUAUUCAGCUUUUUACCACCACGCCCGGAGAGACACACACAGUCCAUGAUUUCAAGGCUUUUUUGGAUUCUACAAACGAUUUCUUGAAGUGUAUUCAAGCUUGUGGAGGAUUACAGCACUUGGAAUGGUUAUACACAAGGAUCCAAAGCGUUUAAAAUGAUAAAGGUUUAAAAAGAGAGAGGGCUGUGAUCUGUUGCUUGUAAUUUCUGAGGUGUUCAUUUGUUUUUCUUUAUAUCCAUAGCUAUAUAUAUAUAUAUAUAUAUAUAUAUAUAUAUAUAUUCCUGCGCGCCUGUUAUCUUAUCGCCUCAGGUUGGGGUCGUGUUUGUUUAUUUAAAAUAAAACCCCGUCAGUAUAAAGAAUUCUAUAUUUUUGUUUAUGAAAUUGCGUCGACGUUUCAUGAAUCUUCCCACUUCUUCUCUUUCUCCUCCUCCGCUGCUGUUCUCCACUUUGGACUGACAAACUACAGGAGAACUCGCCUUUAGUUUUUCUUCUUCUUCUUCGUUUUCCUCCUCCUCCUCCUCUUCUUCUUCUUCGUGUGCUUCACGUGCGCUUAAUUGUCACCACCCAGAUUUUCAGUGUCUUCAAUGGAAUUGCUGAGAAACUUCUAAACAAACCAUUUAAGGAGGAAAACCCGGUCAUUUUUCAUUUCGUGGAAAAAAAAGAAAGAGAGAAUGACUCUGGACUCCAUAAUGGCGUGCUGCCUGAGUGAAGAGGCGAAGGAGGCGAGGCGGAUCAACGACGAGAUCGAGAGGCAGCUCCGCCGGGAUAAGAAGGACUCCCGCCGCGAGCUCAAGCUGCUGCUGCUCGGCACGGGCGAGAGCGGCAAGAGCACCUUCAUCAAGCAGAUGAGAAUCAUUCAUGGUUCAGGCUACUCAGAGGAGGACAAGAAAGGAUUCACCAAGUUGGUCUACCAGAACAUCUUCACGUCUGUUCAGGCCAUGAUCCGAGCCAUGGACACGCUCCAGAUUCCCUACAAAUAUGAACACAGCAAGGGCAGUGCAAAUGUUAUUCGGGAAGUGGACGUAGAGAAGGUUACAGUGUUUACAAAUCCAUAUGUAGAUGCCAUUAAGAGUUUAUGGAACGAUCCGGGAAUCCAGGAGUGCUACGAUCGGAGGAGAGAAUACCAGCUCUCAGAUUCGACCAAAUACUACCUGAACUCGUUGGAUCGGAUUGCUGACUUGUCAUACGUGCCCACGCAGCAGGAUGUGCUGAGGGUCAGAGUGCCCACCACGGGCAUCAUCGAGUACCCUUUCGACCUGCAGAGCGUCAUAUUCAGAAUGGUGGACGUGGGCGGCCAGCGGUCGGAGAGACGCAAGUGGAUCCACUGCUUUGAAAACGUCACCUCCAUCAUGUUUCUGGUGGCCCUGAGCGAAUACGACCAAGUCCUGGUUGAAUCUGAUAAUGAGAAUCGAAUGGAGGAAAGCAAAGCACUGUUUAGAACGAUCAUCACGUAUCCCUGGUUCCAGAAUUCGUCCGUCAUUUUGUUCUUGAACAAGAAGGACCUGCUGGAGGAGAAAAUCAUGUUUUCACAUCUUGUAGAUUACUUUCCUGAGUAUGAUGGCCCCCAGAGAGACGCUCAGGCGGGGAGGGAGUUCAUCUUGAAGAUGUUUGUCGACCUGAAUCCCGACAGUGACAAAAUCAUCUAUUCUCACUUUACUUGCGCGACAGACACGGAAAACAUCCGCUUCGUCUUCGCCGCCGUCAAGGACACCAUCCUGCAGCUCAACCUGAAGGAGUACAACCUGGUGUAAACAGACCACGCGGCGCCUCUGCAGCUUGAGCUUAACUUUUAAAAUAAAAUGACACGCAGAAGCAGUCCAGGGUGACGCUGAUUUUUAUUUUUUUAUUUUUUUCUCCCCCUCCCUUUUUUUUUUUUUUCUUCCUUUCCUUUUUCCCCUCACAGGCAAUUUGGAGACCUGAGGGUUUUUUUUUCCCAUUUUGUCUUUGGACGAUAAUAGAAAAGAAUACAAACUGCUCACUACUGCAUAAUUUAUUUGCACCUUGGAGCUUGUUUACAGGGUCCAUCUUGAAUUAUUCCAUUUUAAAGAGAAACGAUGCGAACGAACAUUUUACGAUCAUCGUGCCACACGUUCGGAGGAGUUUUUGCGCUUUCUUUCAUUCAGAAAGUGUGUGAGAGUUGAGGAAUGUGCACACUUGGUUAAUUACUGAUUGAUCAGGUAUUCAUCCAAGGAUCGAGAGGUUGCUACCGUAGAAAGUCACUAAAAUAUUAUUUUUUUUCCAUUGUAUUUAAGGACGUCAUCUGGUGACUAUUUUCAGUUUAAAGUCUGAGGAGGCGGGUUAGGUUGAGCGAGGGGCGGGGUUUACUCUGAAAGAUGCCAUUUGUUGUCUUUAUGAUGAUGAACAGUGAGCGAGUGGUAGUACUAUGCUACAAGUGGCACAUUUUGCUUUUAAAUAUGCUCGUCUUAUAUAUUACCAAAGGAAUAUACGCUCCACUAAACUAACAUUCGCCAUCCCGCUGUACUCCUGUAUGUUUCUGAACAUCUCUCUCUCCUUUUUUUUUUUUUUUUUUUAAUUAAAGAGCACACCAUCUGUUUGUACUGUUUUCCAGAUUUCUCAUUCAUUCUGGCAAAGUUGUCCACAGGUUUAGUGUUCACUCCGUAACUACAAGCCAUCAGUAUUUCAUCAGUAUUGCAGCCAAUUUAGUGUCCGUCUGCGUCAUUUGUGCCCACAAAAGGUGAAAAACGGAAUGGAUCACUUCAAGAACUUUGGGUUCUUUUGGCACCACUUUCUUACACACGCGCUCGGUAUUUCCUUUUUAAUCAUGAAAUCAGGAUCAUCAGUGUUUAAAAGCAAGGCAAGUGUAAUGAACGAUGGUUGACUUCCACAUCACGUUCCUCCAAAAACAAUUUCGCUUGUCGUCCUUCCAGCCAAGACGAGUCCAGCUUGGGAUGACGUGAUCUCAACGCUGUUAUCAUUUUCCAUGAAAUUUUCCAUUCAUCUUAAAUGGUUUCAGACACAUUUUCGUUGUUGAUUUAAGGGCUGCUGUUGACCGAAAAAUAAAUGGUGGUAUUUCGUGAUUUGUGAUGUUUGCUGUCGGAAUGUUCUGGAUAAUGAACCACAAUGAAGUCCUUGUUGUUGUUUUAUUUUUUUAUUAUUAUUAUUUUUCCCCCCUCACGGGCUGUUGGUGUUAAUUUGCUGGUGUUUUAAAUCAUUCCUAAAAUGACUCGAAUUAAACUUCACUUGCUUGUUAUCCUUGCAAA